GGGUGAAAGCGCCGAGCAGCGCCGCGCAGUGCUGCCGCCUUCCCGGGCAUCCCCGCCGCCGCUCCUGCCGCACAACGUCCCGGUCAUGGAUGCGCGGGCCCGCGCCAAGCGCUACGAGAAGCUCGACUUCCUUGGGGAGGGGCAGUUCGCCACCGUUUUUAAAGCCAGGGACAAGUCGAACAACCGAAUCGUUGCUAUUAAGAAGAUUAAACUGGGGCAUAGAUCAGAAGCUAAAGAUGGAAUCAACAGGACUGCCCUCAGGGAGAUAAAACUGUUACAGGAGCUAAGCCAUCCAAAUAUUAUUGGUCUUAUUGAUGCAUUUGGACACAAGUCUAAUAUUAGUCUGGUGUUUGAUUUUAUGGAAACAGAUUUAGAGGUUAUUAUAAAGGAUACAAGUAUUGUGUUGACGCAGUCUCACAUCAAGGCAUAUAUGCUGAUGACGCUUCAAGGAUUAGAAUAUUUACAUCAGCAUUGGAUUUUACACAGGGAUCUUAAACCAAAUAACUUGUUGCUAGAUGAAAAUGGAGUUUUGAAAUUGGCUGACUUUGGCUUGGCAAAAUCUUUUGGAAGCCCAAACAGAGUUUACACACAUCAGGUAGUAACAAGGUGGUACCGAGCUCCAGAACUAUUGUUUGGGGCUAGAAUGUACGGUGUUGGUGUUGAUAUGUGGGCUGUUGGUUGUAUUUUAGCUGAAUUGCUCCUCAGAGUUCCUUUUUUGCCUGGAGACUCUGAUCUUGACCAGCUGACAAGGAUAUUUGAAACACUGGGCACUCCAACAGAAGAACAAUGGCCUGGGAUGACAAGUCUUCCAGAUUAUGUCACAUUUAAGCCAUUCCCUGGAAUGCCACUUCAGCAUAUCUUCAGUGCAGCUGGUGAUGAUCUGCUCAGUCUUCUUCAAGGCUUAUUCACGUUUAAUCCUUCCACUAGAGUAACAGCUACUCAGGCAUUGAAACAGAAGUAUUUCAGUAACCGACCAGGACCCACUCCAGGAAAUCAGCUUCCAAGACCCAACUGUCCUGCUGAAGCUGCAAAGGAGCCACAAAAUGCGCUUUUAAAUUUAAAAAGGAAAAGACCAGAAGGAAUAGAUCAAGGAUUACCAAAAAAACUGAUUUUUUAGUUGCUGUGGAUGAUGAGUGAAAAUGAGUGAAAAUGCUCCGAGUCCCAGCCAUUGAUAAAACGCUGUAAUCGUCGCUGGAUGGUUAUUUUUCAAUAUUUUCAUAUGUAAAAUAUGAACUUAUUAUUUCCUUAUGGACAGAGAAGUUUUAUUAACUGUUCUUUUUACAAUAAAAUCAUUAUUGAGAAAAAAAGAUUAUCUGAUUUGCUCUCUUGUCCUUUGAGAGUCGUGCUCUGAGACAAUAACUGUCAAAACUGCUUGCAGGCUACAGGUGUACAUAGAGUAAUUUUGCAGAACCUCUGUGCUGAAUCACGUGCUAUUCUGUACACAUAUGCAUCUUAAGGGGGAAAAGUACAAAUAACAUUUUCUUCUCACAUGCUGCUUAGAUGAACAUGUGACUGUCUUCUAGACCUAUAAUAAAAAUGUAUCCCUGUAAGUAAAGGGUAGGAUAUGUUUUUGUUUCAGUUAGUAGGCUGAAGUAUUAACAAACAAGUUUGCAUAUGCAACAAAACUCUGCAGUCAUGCAUUCAGACUUCUGCAAAGACACAGCCACUGCCUUGAAAACAGUGUGAAGUGCAGAUUUAAUGUGAAUUGUUUGGAGGGUUUUUUUCCCUAUUUGAUUGUUGCAGAAGUUACCAGAGAAAACAUACAAAUACCGUUUCCUUCAAAGCGUUGAAGAUUGCAGUGAGAGACAGAGGAAGGAGAUCCAGCUGGUGAAACUACACUACACUAGUCCUGCUGUCAGCCUGUGUCUGUAGGACAGUCUAUGGUGCAGACACUGCACUCAGCUUUGCCUAAAUUCAAGAGGUAGCAAAGUUUCUGCUGGGUAACUAGACUUCUGCAGUGGAGAGAACCAAGAUUACACACGCUGGUGCUGCAUCUUAACUGUGUGCCCACCUGCUGUUGUACAGUGGAUUUCAGGGAUACCUGCUGAGCCAUUGUCAUCUUUCUGCCUUGGAACCACAUUCAGCAUUCUCUUUCCUAAUUUUGUGGCAAGUAUACUAGUGCCAGACUUUGAGGCUUGUAGAGGAACAGCAACCAUCAUCUUGCUCAUGUGCUCCUUCAUUUUGCUGCUACUUGAGCUAAUGCAAAGUAUUAGGGCUUGUAAGGGAGAAGAGUUGGUAUUUUCCCAGUACCUACUGUGUUCUCUAUUAGGUGUUGGCAGUUGAAAAGUAAACAGAUUUCCUAGGAUGGGUAAUUGAGAGUGUAGAGAAAAGUUUAUCCAUUAACAUUAGUUGUAUAAAUUUUUAUUGCCUGUUUAAUCAAACAUCAUCCUCUUCAUUGCAGGCUAGAGGAUUAAGGUAACUACAGUCCUACUUCUCACUGGCACAGGUUCAAAAAUACGUUAAUCAGAAUAGGGAAGAGGGAUCUCAGAGUACUGUCAACUUCUUUGCCUUUACUUAUCUACCAUAUCUUUUAACUGGUCUUAAAAGCUUGGAGACCUUCAGCCCGUAGAACAGAUAGUCACUGAAAAAUGCAGUAUCCCUUCUAACAGAUAAGGUUUGCAUGACAGUGAGAAUCUUAAGUAUUCUGUCAGUUUUGCUUUGGGAAAGAAACACAGUUUCCUUCUUGUGAAAAAGCUGUAUCAAUCUGGACAAUACCCUUCCUUGAAGGAAACCUUUUCCCCUAGAACAAGUAGCAAACGUCUAAGCUCCUACUGGCAAGAGUUGUAGAGGUACCAAAUUAUAUAGGCAGUCUGUAUAUUAAUGUACAGAGCAUGGUUACUGUACUGUGUAAGAGGGGGCUUGAAGUGUGAAGUGCUCAGCCAGAGCUGACUUAGGGGAUGAAUCUUGGGCAUUAUGUGAUGACAGUAUUGUUUAGCUAAAAACAAAUGACUGACAUGCUUAUGCUAGCUGUUUAUCACCAACUGGCUGCUUUAGAAACUUUCACAUCUUGUGCAGCUGUCUGCAAGAAUUGUAUCAUUUUAAGGAACUUUCCCACUGGGCAUUAAUAGAGGCUUGUUUGUAGGGUGUUUUAGAGAAGAUGCUCCCAGCCAAGACCUGGCCCCAGGCCAUGCCCUGCCCCCAGCUGGGAGGG